AUGUCAAACAUUCUCGUUACUGGCAGUUCCCGUGGGCUAGGAUUAGAGUUAGUGAGGCAGUUAGCUGCCCGCGCCAGCCUCGAAGGAGGACUAGUUAUCGCAACGGCGCGAAAAUGCAGUCCAGAACUCAUGCAAUUAAUCACGCAUUCUGAUGGAUGCGUCGUGUUUGUCGCUUUGGAUAUAUCUGACGCGUCAAGAAUUGCCGAAUCGGCUGAGGAAGUCAGAUCAGCCUUGAACCAGCAAAGCCUAGACAUGUUGAUCAAUUGCGCUGGCGUCCAUAGUGAGACGCAUGGAAAAUUAGCGCUAAUGUCGGACCUCGAAUACCAAUUGUCGGUGAAUGUGACUGGAACGCAUAACGUUCUUCGCCACUAUCUUCCACUCAUGCAGAGCAGCAAUGUCAAGAAAAUCAUCAAUAUUUCGAGCGCAUAUGGUUCAAUGACCAGUGCACGUGCAGUAUCAUACGCUCCUUGCCCAGCCUACAAGAUCAGCAUAGCAGCACUGAACGCUUUAACCGUCCAGUAUGCGUUGUCCUACGAAGAGGAAGGAUUUAUCUUCCUCUCAUGGCUACAAAGCGACAUGGGUGGUAAAAAUGCCGACCUGACCGUGCCACAGGGUGCUGAAGCAGUCUUGAGCAUUUCCCUGUCCGCCGAACGUACGGACAAUGGUCGGUUCAAGAAUAUCAGCGUCCCAGGGUGGGAGGCUUAUGAUGGCCAGGAUGUACCCUGGUAG